AUGGCAGCGACGGCCUCGGCGUCGGCUGCCUUCCCCCCCGUAGCUACGGGCGGCGACCUCGAGGACAGCAACAUUUCCAGCCCUCUCAGCGAGGUCGACGAUAAGGAUGCGAACGACGAAGACAUAGAGCACAUGCAUCUGGACAGAGAACAUCUCAGUCUCGGUCCAGAAGAGACCCGGGCCACCGAUCACGGCGGGUCCGACUCCGACAGCGCCCUUUCCGACGCAGGGUCUGACGUAAACUCUGAGGCCAACGAUACCGAAGCCGAAACCCUGAGGCUUUAUGACACGCCGCAGGCCCAGAGGCACCGUGAUGUCGGAAUUGAACGGUUCAAUGAUGCAGAGCCAUUUGAGCACACUCCGAGCAAGCUCCGCAGGGCACUUGUCAACGGUGACGAUUACUCUGGCUCUGGCUCUGGUUCUGACAGCCACAGAGACGAAGACGAAGAAGACGACGAAGACGAAGAGAAUGAUGACAACGAAUCGCCAACAAAACCCGUCAUGGCGAUUGUGAAGACCGAGGAAGAUGCCCGCCGUGAUUCGCAGGAGCGGAAGCGGAAGCGAUCUGCCGCCGCUGAACAAUCCGAUCUGGAGCAGCCGGUGAGGAAACGCACAGGAUCAAUAUCAGCCGCCAAUGAAGAUGGCGACGAUCACCUCGCAGCGGGAGAGGUUGACGCGACACCGGCUGCGAAUCUUCCAAGCGGAGUCCCGUCUCCUGGAGACGAGGAGGCUUCUGCCACGAACCAAGAUACCCCACAGGACGAUGAGAUUCCCGAAGUAUCAAGAAAGACCAAGCGCAGUGGCUCUAAACGGAAGAAUGUCAUUGCAGAUGAUGCCGACAGCGAAUCUCAAGCCGAGGCUCGUGACGAGCAGAACGACACUGCAGUAGAGGACGAGCCUGAAGCCGAUCACGCCGAGGAGGAGGUGGAGCCCGAAGCUGAUGAAGAGACUGACGCUGCAGCGAGGAACUUGGAAGAAAUGGAGAAGAAGCAAGCCGCCUACCGGGACUGGACCCAGAUAGAAGAAAUGUUUGGUAUUUUUAGAGACCGACUUUACAAGGAUAGGCUACAGAGGCUCGAGGAAGAAGAACAAUCGUUACAUGCCCCAGAGCCUACGCACCCUGAAUACCUAAACAUGAAGCAAUGCCUCGAUGAUCGACUAGAGCAGAAGCUGCACGCUAUCAAUACUGAACACGAAUAUCGUCUCAAAGCCCUCGAACGGCGCGCAGUGGCACAAAGAGCUCAAAUAUGGGGCCAGUACUUCCAAGCCGUUCGAGAGAAGCGAGAACAAGCUCUCGAGGGUCUGAAUAGGCAAUGGUAUGAUGUCCAGAGUGCUCGACGAAGUGCACACAGCUUGCCAGACUAUGGCCUGUUGUUUCCAAAAGAUCCUGCACAGCGUAUCAGGAAUGCUAUUGCCUACAAUACCGAGGUAUCGACACUCGCCGGCCUCGCCAAAUACGAAGGCUUCCCGGCGGGCCCAGAGCUUCAAGGGGCGUCCGCAUCAGAGCUGGAAGCUGAUUUAGCCGCCAUGGAAGUGAGUGUGAGAUUUCUCAUAAAGCUGGCCAUUCUUUGA